AUGGAAAUACACGCGCUGAAUGCACGGGAACAAAUUCUAAAGGAGAUAUAUUCGAAACUUGUUGAAGCCGUGCCGCAAGCAGUCCUCCUCAUGAACAGCGAACCCUCUCAGCCAUCAAACUUUCCCGGUUCUUCUGACAUCUCAGGACCACGCGCUCUGUCUUUUUCGACUAGCGGUGGAGCACCCCUUUGCAAGAGCGACUAUCCGGGUGUUCGUUUCUGGACGUUUGAUGAGUGGAACGCAUAUAGGAAGAUUCUAAUCAUGGAGGGAGGAAUUCUACAGAUCCCUGAAAGUAUCAAUGCCGACCACAGCACAGAUGAACAGCAAGAAAGCGAAGAUCGGCGGAGCAAGAAAUCCAAUGCUACCAAGAAGAAAAAGACCAUACGCCGGGCACUGUACCUGGAGGAUGAACACGGUGAAACCGUCAGCGACAAUCGGGCCGGCGAGAUUCGGCGCGUUGCCAGAGAAAUUUGGGCACAACUAUGGAACGAGGGCCAUGCGCCGGAGACUUGGGGUGCAAAAACUGCGAACGUCGCAGCUUUCUAUUAUAAGCAGAUGAGUCUUUGCUGUCCUGAACUGAGACUUUGCCAUGGAGACUGGAAAGCUGAACGCCUUGCGAUCGACUCCUACUCUCAGUGGCGCACUACUCGGUCUAAAGGCGACGAGAUGAAAUCUGCCUCUCGGUCUCGUUCUCGUGCUCAUUCCCGUGCUCAUUCGAAACGUAAGGCCCGCUCUGCAUCAGACAUGGACUCUUCCGAAGACGACUCUCAACCAACCAAGCGCGUCAAAGCAACCAUGUCUUCUUCCACCCCAUCUUCGAACUCAAUAUCGAUAUCUAAUCCUACUCCUGAUACUGUACACUCUCGAGAGUCUGCAAAUCCUGCCGUGAAUGUUCAAUCGUCUUCCAGUAGCGCCGUCGCUCUUAUCUCUGCUAUCGCUAUCACUCCUGCCGAAUCCGGAUCACCUGUUGCCAACGAGAAUGACGAAGAGCUUGAAUAUAUUGAUGCUAGUCUUGGACUUGCCGGCUCUGCUUGUGACCCCACUACGGCUUCAGGACAGCGAGAUGAUACGGAUCCUGGCACCCACGAACGACAGCAGACGCCUAUCGCAAGCACUUCAGUCCCGACCACAGCUCGAAACCCGACAAACUCAAUGCCUCUUGAUCCUCUUGCCGACAUGUUCGAUAUGACUCCUGCUACAGCACAAACAGCAACAACCUCAACAUCUGCUGCUACUGUAAUCCCUCCGGCAUCCGAACUUCCAGCACUUACUUCCGGCGAUAUCGUGACGGACUCGGUUCGUACAGCGGUACCUACAAUGCAACUGAAGAAGAAGAAAAAAUCACCCAAGAUGUUCGCCAACAGCUCAAGCACCGCAUCGAAUUUGUUUGCAAAAGACUGGCUCAAGACUCAUGAAGGAGAAUCCCGAGAACAAUUCCAAUCCGCGUGGGAGGCCCUCGAAUCAGCGGAACGGAAGAUGUAUGAGGACAGGAGUGCAGCCACCAUCGCUGCGCUGAAGGCAGAGAAAGCUGCUGCAAAGAGAGCUGAGAAGGCUGCGAAGGUAUCGGGAAAGAAGAAGGCAGGGCAAGUGACGCUCCCCGCCAGCGCGGGCACGAAAAAGGUGUUGGGCAGCAUCCAGGUGUGA